AGCAUUUUAUUCCAGACAAAUACAUAAAUAUUGCCUAGUGCAUUGCCAACAUUCUAUUUACUGCAGAAUUAACCUAGUAACCGUAACUAGCCAUUACAUAACAAAGGUUCUGUUUAUGUCAUAAAAGUAACCAAACCAAUCAUGAUAGAACAUAGAACAUACCUGAAGGUAAAUCUAAAUUCUACCUCACUCUUUGCUGAGACACUGCAGAGGAUAGUUGGUUUGCUCAAAUUCAAGUUUAGAUUUAUUUAAAUAGCGUUUAUAUAGCUUGGAAAAUCACAUCUAUAUUUUUAUAUAGCUGGACACCUUUUUGGUGAGUGAAUGGGAUUUUUCCGCUUCCUUAACUGCUGCACUGCAGUGCCAGUGGAUGGAGUUCAUGGAGGGGUGGUGGAGAGCACCCAGGAGAUUAGGAAGAAACUCAAGAAGUACAAACUUGAGGACUUGAAGAGAGAGCUGGGGGCUUUGGGCAUCCAGCCCGAUGAGGACCGUAAGAAUGAGAAGAAACUCAAGAGGGAGCUGAGGAAGGUUCUCCUGAGGGAACCGAAGAGAACGGAGCUGGAGAGAGCCGGGAACGGAGGCGAGGCGGGCGGCAAGGAUGAGGCCGCUGAGGCUCUGAAUGGGGCCCCGGAGAGGGUGGACCCAGAGGCAGAGAAAGGAGCGGAGGAGCCUGCAGAUGGAGGAAGGGCAGCUGAUCUGGACAACGCUGAGCAGCAGGAUGGAGACUCGGCUGCAAAUGGUCCAAUGAAGGAGAAGGGUCAAAAGGAGAAAGUUGCCCUGCUUAUCGACCUACUGGCUGACGUGACUGACAGCGUGGACGAGGUCAAUGGUAUCCUACGCGAGGCCGGAUGUGUUCUGAGGCUAGUUAAAGCAGCUGGGGUGACCAAUCCAGAGGAAAAGGACAUUGACCAGGAUAUGGUGGCUGUCCUGGAUGACCUGUUGGACAAGGUUGACUCCAAUAUGAGUGAGUAGACUAUAACUUACCAAACACAUUCUCCAGCUUUUGAUCAAAGUGCUUGGUAUUG